GAACGAUAUGUGGAACAGUGGAAGCGGUGGAUUGAGUCUGCCGGCCAGCAUGCCAAGAAGCGCCCACGAGACAGAGAACCUCCUUGACGACGACCCCCCGAGGCGCGACGACCCCCGCCUACUGGACGUGGCCAACCAGUUCGUGAGUGAGAUCAUCGCCCGCGCCAAGGAAGAAGCCACCAAGAAAGUUGCAGCGGGCGAGAAGGUGCCACCGGGUCACGUGGAUGAGGCCAGGUCAGACGAGAGACUGAUGGAGAUGGUCCGCCGUUUUGUGUCUGAUAUAAUGACCAAGGCCAAGGCUGAGGCGUGGGACAGUAUGAGAGAGAUUCAGAACAAUAAUAAUAACAUCCUCUCGGAAAAG